UUAUGUGUUUCAUUACACAUUGCAUAUUUUAUUGCUUACAAUUAAAUAUUUAACUUAAUAAACCAUUUAAAAACAAAAUCAUGGCUCUGGAGGCCAUUUGCGGCAUGAAUCGAAAGCCCUAUAUGCGGCGCUUCGAUGACUUGCAAUCCGAGUGGCAACAGCAGCAGCUUCGAGAGGCCACUAGCAACUUUGAAAAUCCCUAUGCCCUAAUGGCUCCUCCUUUCGAAAGGCCCGCUGAGAAUCUGCCAAAGAUCCUGGCCCAUUGUGGCAUUCGCAUGGAUUUUGACCAUGGCACCACCACCUUGGGCUUUAAGUACCAGGGAGGAGUGAUUUUGUGUGCAGAUUCAAGAGCCACCUCUGGCCAGUAUAUAGGCUCUCAGACAAUGAAGAAAAUAGUGGAGCUUAACGACUAUAUGUUGGGCACUUUGGCUGGUGGAGCAGCCGACUGUGUCUACUGGGAUCGAGUUUUGGCCAAGGAGUGCAGGCUGCACCAACUCCGCUAUCGGAAACGGAUGACUGUGGACACGGCUGCCAGGAUCAUUUGUAAUGUCUCGACGGAGUACAAGGGAAUGGGUCUGGUGAUGGGAAUGAUGUUGGCUGGCUUCGAUGAUGAGGGACCCAAAUUAAUUUACGUGGAUUCGGAGGGCAUGAGGGCCCACGGUCAGGUCUUCUCGGUGGGCAGUGGUUCGCCUUAUGCUCUUGGAGUUUUGGAUACUGGCUAUCGUCAUGAUCUGACUGAUCAGGAAGCCUAUGAUUUGGCCAGACGAGCGAUUUACCAUGCCACCCGAAAAGAUGCAUAUUCCGGAGGCAUUGUUCGGCUCUACCAUAUAAAUUCCGAGGGAUGGAGGAAUAUUUGUAAUACGGACUGUGCCGAUCUCCAUGAUACGUAUUGUGGAACGGAGUCGCCGAAGAAGGGAGAUCACCAGAAUGAAGGUGGUCCCGAUAUGCCCUGUUCCAGUGGAUGGACCAAAAGGAAUCUUACGGAAGACAAUGUUCAGACCAAGUUAGCAGCGGUUUAA